AUGGCGGCAAUCAGAAGUACCGACCGGACCAGCGCUGGUGAGAGAUUCGCACAUGCAAAAGUACAAGCGCGCAAGUACACGGCGCAGCCUUCAGCCAUGUCGGAGUACUUUGGAACGGCUGUUUGGCAGCGGACUAGCCGCUGUGGGGGCCCCUCUCGGCGUUCCAGCAACGUCGCGUCCCACGUUUUGUUGUAUUGGCGCGACAAGUAUCCUUUGCACGGCUCUGCUUGUCACUGGUCCGGCGCUCCGUAUUCCAGCCGCAAGACACCAGACACGCUCAACCAAAGACCCCCGGCAGCUCUGACUGGCCCGUGGAUCCCCAAGCGACCCUGGCGCUGGGCACAAUAUUGUCGAAUAGGAGCGCAGCAAAAUGUGCCCCGGGGCGCUGCAUUAACAAUGUUUUUCUCCGAUGCUCCUCCAGCACCGCGUAUAUACGAUAACUCUGUGAAACACGCGGAGGAGUACCGAGUACAAGGUUUUCUAUUGGCAGCAGAUAUGCCCGUGGCCUCAGGCGAAAUGGAGCUGCCUGGUCGCCUGACGGGAGAUCCCUUGCAACUCUCGCAGAAGCGAAAAAAGAACAAAAUAGCUCCCCUCUAA